AAGACAUACCAAACUUCUGUUUAUCAUUCUGCCGUUAUGAGGACUGAGGUAGCUGCUGCUCUUCUCUUGGGGUUCUGUGCUGUGGCUGUGUCUGGUGAUGAAAACAGAACAGGCAAACGGGACACUCGGGAGGUCAAGGUGGCUCCCCCUGACCCGGUGGACUGUGUCUGGAGCCGCUGGUCUGAGUGGACCCCCUGUAACAGCUGCACCAAGAUACGGCACCGUUCUCGGAGUGUGGAGGUGUUCGGCCAAUUUGGUGGGAAGCCCUGUCAAGGACAGCCAAUAGGAGAGCAGCAGGCGUGCACCAGUGAAGCUGUGUGUGAACAGGCCCAGCCCUCUGAGUGCUCCAGCACUGAGUUCACUUGUGAAUCAGGUGCAUGUAUUAAGUUGAGACUGUCGUGUAACGGAGACUAUGACUGCGAGGACGGGUCAGACGAGGACUGUGAGCCCGUACGUAAGCCCUGUGGCACAAAGUUGUACGACACCAACGAACAGGGCAGGACUGCCGGAUACGGAAUCAACAUCUUGGGCAUGGAGCCCCGUAUAAACCCCUUCAACAACGACUACUUCAAUGGGAUGUGCAACAAGGUGAAGAACACCAAUAACAACGAGUACAACAGGCUGCCUUGGAACGUGGGCUUGCUCAACUAUGAGACUAUAGCAGAGGAGACCGUUUCCAAAGAGAUCUAUGAGGACACAUACACCCUCCUGAGGGAACUGAUGACUGAGACCAAGUUGACUGUGAGCGCUGGGUUGAACAUAAAAUUCACCCCCACAGAAAAGUCUAUGGCCAAGUCCAAUACGACUGUGUCAGGAGGGGUUGGGUUGGAUGCUGAGUAUGACAGGACACAGAUGAUCAAGGAAGUCUCGGAGUACACUACCAUCAAGAACAAGAGUUUCAUGCGUGUGAACGGCCAUGUGCAGCUGAGCACCUAUAGGAUGCGUUCCCGGGACCUUCAGGUGGCUGGGGAGUUUUUAGAGCAUGUCAAGUCUCUACCUCUGGAGUACGAGAAAGGACAGUACUUCAGCUUUCUGGAGGACUAUGGGACUCACUACACCAGGAAUGGGAAGUCUGGAGGAGAGUACCAGCUGGUCUACGUUCUCAACCAGGACACCAUCAAGGACAAAAAGCUGACUGAGAGAAAGCUCCAGGACUGCAUUAAAGUUGGAAUCUCAGCAAACUUUGACACCAACAUCGGGAUUGGAGGAGAUGCCCACAUCAGACCCGGACACUGUAAAGACACUGUGAAUAAAAACACAGCUGAGAAGGAGGGCAAGGCGCUGGUGGAUAAGGUGAUAACUGUAGUCAGGGGCGGAACCCCGGAGGCCGCUGUCGCCAUGAGAACCCAGAUAACGAAGGAGGGGCUAAUGGACGUGAAGACCUAUCAGAACUGGGCCCGGACAGUGGGCGAUGCCCCUGCACUCCUCAGCAGUGAGCCAGAACCCAUUCAGACCCUGAUCCCACUGAGUAUGCCUGAUGCGAACACCAGGAGGCUUAACAUGCAGAGAGCCACUCAGGAGUACGAGGCUGAGUACAGUGUGUGCAAGUGUAAGCCCUGUCACAACGGGGGCUCUCUGGCCCUGCUGGACGGGAAGUGCCUGUGUCUCUGUCUGCCCCAGUUUGAAGGUCUGGCCUGCCAGGAUGCCAAGGCUGAUAACAAUAAGAAUACUAAAACCCCCGUGGAGAGGGUUCCUCAGGAGGGGAACUGGUCGUGUUGGGGAGCCUGGUCAGGCUGCAGUGGAGGAAAACGUAUCAGGACCCGCAGCUGUAACACACAGGGCCUUUCUGAUGCCACCUGCAGGGGAGACAUAGUCACUGAAGACUAUUGCUGAGCACACUCAUACAGAACACUAUGAUGACACUGCAUAACUAACGGAACCCCAUACAUGUAGACAAAGAGGAGUUAAUGCAUCUUAUACACAUGUUCGCUCACUCACUCAUACUCAUACACACACGCAAACACAUCCACACGCACGCGCCAGACACACACACACACCUGUCAUUUUUUUAUAUUAAAAACUGUAUCAACGUAUUCCUUGAAGUAGGCCUAGUUCUGUUUUACAAAUCAACAUUGCCAAUAAAGUUUGACCUUUUAUUGAGAGUU